CCCAAUGUGAAUCCAUGGAAAAGGCAACUCGCUGCCCAUCUCUCUUUCUCAUCCUUGAACCAUGAAAAAGGUCGGGAGUUGCUUUCGCAGAUCAAAUGAAAGCGCAUCGCAAAGAGGACACGUUGAUGGAGGGAAGACAAAAGUGUUGGCCGGCACCGAUCUUGGUUGACUUCUCUCUUUCUACCUCCCUCUCUCCCUUCAGAGCAGCCCCUAUUUAUAUCUUCAAUGCUUCAGCAGCACCAGCAUGCGGCCUCUUGCAGUACCACCCUGAGAAAAAAGAGCUCCCCUUCUCUCUCACACAUAGAGAAACACAAAAGGUUAAAGAGUUGGGAGAUUGUCUAAAGGAAGUUGAAAGGUGUGAGCAAGGAGGCCACUACCUGAUUUCUUUCUGUGUCUCUCUGCCGAUUGCGUUUCUGGUUUGAGUUGAAGACAUUUUUCGAGAAAGACCCACAAAGGAGAGACUUGGGAGGUGGUUUUGAGAUGGGGAGAUCUCCUUGUUGUGAGAAGGUUGGGCUGAAGAGGGGGCCAUGGACGCCGGAGGAGGACAAGAAGCUCAUUGAUUACAUUCAGAAGCAUGGGCAGGGGAAUUGGAGGACUCUUCCUAAGAAUGCAGGGCUAUCAAGGUGUGGGAAGAGCUGCAGGCUUCGGUGGACUAAUUAUCUAAGGCCAGAUAUCAAAAGGGGGCGAUUCUCCUUUGAAGAAGAAGAGGCGAUCAUCCAAUUGCAUAGCAUUCUUGGAAACAAGUGGUCGGCCAUCGCUGGACGUUUGCCAGGAAGAACAGACAAUGAGAUCAAGAACUACUGGAACACCCACAUACGGAAAAGGCUUCUGAGAAUGGGAAUAGACCCGGUGACCCACAGGCCUCGACUUGAUCUUCUGGAUUUAUCAAGCAUAGCCGCUCUUUUUUCCUCUUCUCUUAAUCAUGGAGCUGAUCCCCUCGUCAACUCUGAGCUACAAAAACUGGCUGCUUCAAAUCUUUUACCGACAAUUCUAAGAAAUAACACAGGUUUUGAGUACAGCCAAAAUUUCAUGCCUGAUCUGGAGAGCUGCUCUUUAGGCCCUCAGUUUGGGAACCAACAGCAAGUUUUUAACGACACCUCAAACUUUUCUUCUUUCCCAAAUUGCAGCAACACAUCAAAUGAACAGUCUUUGAAUGAUCUACAGUUCAUUCAAGGGGAUAUCAGCAAUCAAGUUUUGGCCAAUCCCCUUGGUUUUGAUACCCAACCGAACCGACAGGAAGAUUUAUCUUACCUGCUUGAUAAUAUAUGCUAUCCUUCGUCCGAUAACCCGAUCAUAGCAGACCCUCUAACAGAUAUGGCCUCUACUUUUCAGUCAGAAAGCCAAAGUUUGAACUUCUCCUCUGCGUUCUCCACCGCCAACUCGAGCCCAACGUACGUCAACGGCUCGAACGAAGAUGCAUAUGAGAGCUACAGAAGCAGUUUGCUGAAUUUUGACACCACUCAACUUAUUGGAAUGUAAUUUUUCCUUUUGUUCUCUUUAACUUUCUGUUAUCCUUCUGUAAAAAAAUAUUCGAAUUAUACAUUAUACGUGUUCUUUUUUA